CAGUAUCACUGGCUGCCGUGCCUGCCGCAGUCUGCGGAUGUGCUGCUCCAGACCAGCUGGGAAGUGAACCUUCGUGCGUCCGCCUACUCCCCCCCCCCUUUUCCAUAGUUUUAGGCGUUGAGCAGGCUCGAGAGUUUCAGCCGACUUUUCCGCCGGAGCUACUUUCUUCGAUACCCUCAUUUAGCUGCAGCUUGAUUUAAUUUAGCCUUUAGCACAUUCGUGCGAGUAGCCCGUUUUCACAAUGGCGACAGCUGCGGUAUCGGCUCCUGUUGGUGACGCCUCCAACCCGGGAUCGGGUGCCGAGCUGGUCCGCGGGCAGGUCUUCGAUGUCGGUCCCCGUUACAGCAACCUGUCGUACAUUGGCGAGGGCGCCUACGGCAUGGUGUGCUCCGCCUUCGACCACAACAGCAGUGUCCGUGUGGCCAUCAAGAAGAUCAGCCCGUUUGAGCACCAGACCUACUGCCAGCGAACCCUGAGGGAGAUCAAGAUCCUGUUGCGCUUCAAACACGAGAACAUCAUCGGCAUCAACGACAUCAUCCGCCCCCCCUCCAUCGACCAGAUGAAAGAUGUCUACAUCGUCCAGGAUCUCAUGGAGACAGACCUAUACAAGCUGCUGAAGACGCAGCAUCUUAGCAAUGACCACAUCUGCUACUUCCUCUACCAGAUCCUGAGAGGUCUGAAGUACAUCCACUCAGCCAAUGUGCUGCACCGUGACCUGAAGCCCUCGAACCUGCUCCUCAACACUACCUGUGAUCUGAAGAUCUGUGAUUUUGGGCUGGCCCGCGUGGCAGACCCUGACCACGACCACACAGGCUUCCUCACGGAGUAUGUGGCCACGCGCUGGUACCGGGCACCUGAGAUCAUGCUCAACUCCAAGGGCUACACUAAAUCCAUCGACAUCUGGUCAGUGGGCUGCAUCCUGGCUGAAAUGCUGUCCAACCGGCCAAUCUUCCCAGGAAAACACUACCUGGACCAACUGAAUCAUAUUCUGGGCAUCCUGGGCUCACCCUCUCAGGAAGACCUCAACUGCAUAUUCAACCUCAAAGCCCGGAAUUACCUGCUGUCUCUCCCUCUACGGUGCAAAGUGCCCUGGAAUAGACUCUUCCCCAACGCUGAUCCGAAAGCUUUGGAUUUGCUGGACAAAAUGUUGACCUUUAACCCUCACAAGCGCAUUGAAGUGGAGGAGGCCUUGGCCCACCCCUAUCUGGAGCAGUAUUAUGACCCCACAGAUGAGCCUGUAGCUGAGGCUCCCUUCAAGUUUGAAAUGGAACUGGAUGACCUGCCUAAGGAGACCCUGAAGGACCUCAUCUUCACUGAGACAGCGCGUUUCCAGCCCAGCUUCAGGACCUAAUUGGCAGAUCUCCCCAGGAUGGAUGCGACGCCAGUGCUGCUGUCCUACUCGCCAGCUUCUCUUCCAGAAUGUGCUUUGGUUCAUGUCUUGGUUCAACAUAGCUACCUUCCCGCUUGAUCGCUCGGGAAGGGCAUUGGGAAUUAUUCCCCCCCCCUCCUCUCUCUCUCUCUCUCUCUCUCUCUCUCUCUCUCUCUCUCACCUACACCCACACACUCUCACAUGCCUGUCAUCCUUUUGCCUGUAGCUUUGGCAGGUAGGGCCACUUCUCUCUCUUUUUUUUUUUUUUUUUUUCGAUUGGGGGGGUGUCACUUAAAGAAUGGCUUUGAGAAUUAUUAUUAUCUUUCAUCAUCAUUCAUCAUCACCUACCCAAGAGAAGGGGAUAUUACGGGAUCUUAAUAAAGCACUUAUGAAACAUCCCACCUGCAGCUUUCCUAAACUAACCCUAACCCCCCCACCCCCCCUUUUGAGUGAGGCCAGGCUGCGUGUGAUGUGGUGAGAAUGCUGAAUGUCAGACAGAAUAUUAAGCCUCCAUUUUAAUUACAGACACAAGCACUUAAAUCUUGGACCUUACCUGUAUAAAUGAGCAUCCGGGGAGGGGUGUGUACUUAACACUGCUUAGUGCUAAGGAGGCCCACCCCCCAAAGUGACAGCACCUACUAUUAAAGGGCUCCCUGAAGAUGUUCUGUUCUUCAUCAGGCUCCAGCAUUUCACAUAAUGAGGGAAUCUACAGUAAAUUAUUACAGCGGAGUCCUGUUGUACAGCUGUUGUGCUGACUCUCCUCUUAAUUUCAUUUGCAUUUCAUUUUAGUCCAUAUCAGCAUGUCUUCGUUCUCCACACCAUCUCUGGGUUUGCGUGAUUAAUGCCUGACUAGCUUGCUUUAAUACCAAGGCAGGCAUAAUCAAACAGUUUUUUUGCACAUCUUAUAGUUUGCCGUUAGUGUAUCGCCCCCCCCCCCCCCCCCCCCCCCCCAGCUUUGCGUUGCUGCCUGAGGGUCAUAGACCAUGGAGGCUUUGAACAUGUGCAUGUAGUUUCGCAGUGUGGAGUUUCAGCCUCGCCUCUCCCCCCCCCUCUCUCCUCCCCUCUUUCUCUCUCCCUCCUUCUCUCUCUCUCUCUCUCCCCCCACCCGCCCCCCGUAGUGAGUCGACCUCUCCCGCCUUGUGACAAUUGACUGAAUUGACUGCCCUUGCAUGACUGUUAAAGCUUUCUAUACAAAGACUGUGUAAGUGCCACGUUGCUGGCCCUACCACUCGGGAAUCUCGGGCUCCCCUUCCUCUACCUUAUUUGUGCUCUCUCUGCUUUCAUUUACAGCCCCCCCCCCCCUUCCAAAAAAAGCAAAAAUCCCAUUCUGUGUCCUUUUGACUUUGUUUUGGAAGGUGAAAUUUUAGACAAGCUUACCGCCGGACAAUGUUGGGCAUUGGCUUCAGUUGAGGAUGAAAAUGUUCUUGUAGAGAAAACAGAAUCUUGCUGUACGUCUUAAAAAAACCUCCGUUUACGUGAUCAGACCUGUAAUUCAGUUACCUUUUAAAUCACAACUGAAAUCUUGGAGGGCUACUGGUCUUAUUGGACUUCAUAAUGGGCAUCGUAGACUAAGACAUGGUAGAACUGGAAGCAUGACUCUUCUGGGCGGGUUAGUGUCCGCUUUGUGGUUUUGUCACGCUGCAAUUCUGAGGAUAUCUGCAACGGCUUGGUCUCUUGGACUGGAUGGUUUUGUUGUGAUUUUCAUUCUCGAUGAGCCAAAGGCUCUGCUUCCAAUCUUCUAUGAAGGCAAAGGAGAGGCUCAUUCAGUCACCUACCAGAGGAACAGCCAUAAAUGAUCAAAUGACGGUUUGUGGGUUUGUGAAGCAGUUUAACUGUUCCUAUGCUUCGUAUCCUGCAUUUCCCAGAAAGCAAAAGCUUCAUUUCCCUGUACUUUAGCGCUAGAGUACUAACUGUGCUCCAUGCGUUCAGUACUGUGCCAUUUCAAUGGAGUCUGUCCAGUCAGACUGUCUUAGGGUCAGAUGGUGCUGACUGGGAGUGGGAGGCUAGUUCUCUAGAAACACACUGCAAAUUCUCUUGUAAGAUAAGCUUCUGCUGAAUCCAUGUGCAACCUGUCCAGUUUUGUGCCUUUAUUAGUCUUGUAUGACAAGAUUUAUUGCGUGCUUUGUUUAGUUGGGGAUCAGUUGUGAUUGCAGUUUUAUUCUUUAAAAAGAGAAAUCUUUAUUCUCACCAUUAUGUAAUUAAAGAAAAGUUUUAUUGCCACAGCUUUGUGAUUGUUAUUCUAUAUUGAAUAGGUAAGAGAUGGAACAUUUUUUUAAUUAUAUUAUUUUCCCUCCUGCUCCCCCGCCUUAUAUUUUUGGAUGCUUUGUGUAAACCCUUUUUUUUAUUGUAAAAUGAAUGUUUUGUUUCUAGUGAAUAUUAAUCUUGUUAAAUAAUUAAUUGUUUACUUGUAUUAAACUACUCCUCUGUACAA